GUCAGUGGGCGCCAUCAACAACAUGAUGGUGGUUUUAAUUAAGGAAUUCAUAGGGUUUUACUUAUUGUAGUGUGCUGAAUUGUGUCUCAGUUGUCUCCAGCUGUACAGAUGGAUUCGCUUCAGACACAAAUCUUGGACAGAGGCUGAUUUAUAAAGGAUGUAGUUCCCUGAAAACCCGGAACAUCACAGACAAGUUGACGUUGACGCUAAUGUUAGCUGUUUGUAUUUUUAAGUAACGCUCAGUAACUGAUCGAAACAUCACCUUCUGGUUUGGAUUCAUAAUUUUAUUUCACCUCUGCUCUGAGCUGCAGGAGGCAGUUCUUGGUCCAGCACUUUGGGACAGAGACCACCCAGAGGUUUGCCUUGACCAGCUCCUUAUGUCUGAAGACUCGAGCAGUGAUGAAGAAUGGGGUUCAUCCACAGAAUGGAAGAUGGAUGAUUCUAACAGAGAGGGGAGAUGUUGGGAAUGUGGCAAGAAAUUCAGCAAAAUGACAAACUUGAUGUUGCAUUACAAAAGCCACGACAUCAAAGCCACCUGCUACAUCUGCGAGGUUACUUUCCGACGCCUGACUUCUCUCUCCAUGCACCUGGAGAAUGUGCACUUGCCACCCCUCUGCAAAAAGUGCCCUCAGGCUUUCGGUAAUGUGUGGGACCUCAACAAGCAUGCUGAAACACAUUACACAAGCUCAACGCCGUUACAAGAAGCUCCCUCUUUGAUUUCUGAGGUCACACAUCAGAGUCAGAAUAGUAACAACUCUCCUGAUAACACGACAGCACAGCAAAGCACAGCCUUAAUGCCGCGCGACUCAGUGUCAGAGUUGAGGUCUCAACAAAGAAUUGAGGUGAACACAGAGACAUCUGAAAACAGCGUAGAGUAUACAGUGGGUGAAGAUGACAAAGAUAUUGACAUGGAAAGUGAUGGUGAGAAAACAGACGAUUCAGCAAGCUCUGAAUCUGAUGACAAAGAUAAGACACGCUCUAAACUUGCAGUCUUGCGUCCAGCUGAUCCCGAAACAGGCUCAAGUUCAACCAAUGAUUCCACUGAUUCUUCUAGUAGUUUGCACUCUAAAAAAACCCCUGCAGCCCCUCCUAAUGUUAAUAGUCCAAUGUGUGCUGCGUGUGGUCGGGGGCCAUUUCGAUCAAUGAAGCUCCAUUUGCUGCACUGUAGUGGUGUAAGGGUAAAAUAUCAGUGUUCAGUAUGCAAGAACGUCUUUGUAACUGAGAAGUCUCUUAAGGAGCACUACAUGCCUUUGUAUACCUGUGAAAUCUGUGGCCAGGUUUUCCCUCAGGAGCGCUUGUACCAUCUCCACCAGUGUCCCAAGACAAACAAACCGCCGCUGGCCCUCUUUUGUUCCGAGUCACUGCCGCAAGCGUGUAACAUUUGCAAAUGUUUUUUCACCUCGGAGAAAUAUCUGCUAGGCCAUGUCACCAGAGUCCACACAUCAGUGGUGAGCACCAAAGUGUGUAUUAUCACCAAUCCAUCAGCGCUCGCUGGUAAAAAAGUUUCACCAGGUGUCCGAGGCACAGCAGUGCAGUCAGCCAUCACUAGUCCACAUGUGGUCAGUCAGCUCAUGAAUGGAAAGCUCUGUGCUGGCCAGACCUAUGCAGGGUCUCUGUCCACUGCUGUGAAAUCUAGCCCUUCCUCUCUUUUGACCUCCUCUUCCUACCCGGGCAGACCCCCUGCCACUAUAUGCAUGGCGUCUGCUGCUGCUCCUAUCAGAUCAGGAGAAGACUUUGCUCUAGCUCCAAACAGCCAACUUAGAAGCCAUCUGUCUGCACCUUUAUUUGUUCCUCCUGGUGCCACUGACACAACUCCAUCUACUGAGGCCUCUGACCCCGUCACUCCACCAACGCCGACCAUUCUGGCCAUGUUUGAGAACGACAGCCACGACGUCGCUUUGAUGAAACGUAUGAACACAGGCUGGCGCUCCAAGGCCGCCUACCCCUGCAGGCAGUGCGGUGCCAUCUUCCGGCAGCCCUCCCUCAUCAUCAGCCACCGCUACCUCCACCGAGGCCACCGCUCACACCAGUGCCAGUGCGGCCGAGCUUUUAAGCACCGGCUGCACCUGCUGCGACAUUGCAUUCAGCAUGCAGAGACUGUAAGCUACAUCUGUGUCAGCUGCGGAGAGACUUUCACUGGAGCAAAACUCUUAGCCGAGCACGUAAGUGGCAAAUCACAGAAGAAAUCUCGUUCUGGACGGACAUUAAAAUGUAAAGCGAAGAGAGAGUGCAGAAUUCCCUUUACAUGUGACUGUGGACAACUCUUUUUUAGGCCUUCAGCUUACAUAUGGCAUCAACUUAAAAACAGGACAAAAACAAAACGAUCGAAGAAACCCUUGGAAUGAGACAGCAGACACAUCUCUU